AUGUCGCAAAAUACCUCGUCAUCGUUUCCCCCAAAGUCCCCCGAGGACCGGUACAUCCUUGUCACCGGCUCCACCGGCUUCAUCGGAGCCCAUGUCGUGGACAACCUUCUAGCGCGGGGAUUCCGUGUCCGCGGCGCAACCCGAUCGGCCCAAAAAGGCGAGCAAAUGAAAGCCGCCCGACCUCACUAUGCCUCAAAGCUAGACUUUGUGGUUGUGGAAGACUUUACCAAAACCGGAGUCUUCGACUCGGCAAUGGACGGUAUUGACGGCGUGAUCCAUGUCGCCAGCCCGUUUUUCUACAAUACCACGAACAACGAGCAAGAACUCAUUCUCCCCGCCAUCAACGGCGUCAAAUCAAUCCUAUCCGCCUCCGCCAAACCAAGCAGCAAAAUCCAGCGUAUCGUCUUAACGUCCUCAUUCGCCUCAGUCGUAGACGUGAACUCCACCCCUCCACCAGGCUUCACAUACACAGGCGCCCACUGGAACCCAUUGACCUACGAAACAGCCAUCGACCCAGCCUCCACAUCCGUAAUCGCCUACCGCGGCUCGAAGAAAUUCGCCGAACUAGCCGCAUGGGACUUCGUCAAGAAUGAGAAACCCGCCUUCGACCUCGUCACUCUCUGUCCACCGAUGGUCUUCGGCCCAGUCGUCCACCCAGUACCCAACAUCGAGUCACUGAAUGAGUCGAACUCGGAUCUCUGGAGCGUGGCGGCCGGCGCGGACCCCCUGCCCGGCGUGCGUGUUUCGGCGUGGAUCGACGCGCGCGAUCUGGCCGAUGCGCAUGUACGCGCAUUGAUUACGCCCGAGGCUGGUGGGAAGCGGUUUGUUCCUGCGUCGCCGGAGCCCUUCUCGUAUGAGUAUGCGGCGGAUAUAAUGAAGGGCGAGUUUGAGUGGGCUAAUGGCGUUGUUACGGAUGGUUAUGAGGCUGGACAGAAGCCGAGUGCUUCUUAUGGGGUUGAUGGGGAGACUGUGGCGAGGGAGCUCGGGGUUGAGUAUCGGAGUUUUAAGGAGACUGUUGUGGAUUUGGUUAGGCAGGUGAAAGAGACUAUUGUUUGA